AUGACUGGAUACUACUGGCUGGAUGGGCAGGAGCACUCACUGUGCCCUGCACGUCAUACCUACCUGGCAACACCUCUCAGGACCUCUGAAGUGAACAACCUCACUCAUUGGCUCACAAUCGCCGACUGGCUGGUCGAGCGACAUCUCCACCUCGCCACCCUCCACGAGCGCUACGCUUGCGAAGAUGGCCUUACCACCAUCAAGCGUGCUCACCGCCGCCUCGACGCCCUCGCAGAACGCCUGGGAGCCGCUGUCACCCGCGCGACUUUCGACGUGGCAUGGACGCAUCACCACGUGACACGUGACUGCAUCAAACGCGACGUCGCCACUCCUACCACAGUACCCGCGCUCCCUGCUUCCCCCUCCCUCGUGUCCGAAAAGCUCGCCAAGCCCGAGCACCCACGCCACAUCAAGAACGACGCGCCGCACCUGGACCGAAAAAACCGGCCCCAAAAACCGGUAGGGGAGAGUGUGGGGGUAAAAGAGGCCGAGGAGAGAAGAAGGGAGGAGAGGAGGCCGGAGAAGAAGGUGCAGGAACGGACGCGGCGCGACCAGGAGCAGGAGCGGAUGCCGUGCAAGCACGAUGACACAUGA